AUGGGAGAAAGGGAAGUGUUGUGUGCUGGCUUCAGGACAAGGGAGAAAGGGAAGCCUGAUGGCCAAAUGCCAAGUGACAAGACCGUUGGAGGAGGUGAUGAUGCAUUCAACACCUUCUUCAGUGAAACCAGAGCUGGAAUGCAUGUUCCUCGUGCUGUCUUUGUCGAUCUUAAACCCACUAUCAUUGAUGAAGUUAGGAUCGGGACCUACCGACAGCUCUUCCACCCUGAGCAGCUAAUUAGCGGUAAGGAAGAUGUUGCCAACAACUUCGCCCGUGGUCACUACACCAUUGGGAAGGAGAUUGUUGAUCUUUGCAUGAUCGCACCCGAAAACUUGCCAACAACUCUGCUUAAACUCGGCUUGAAAUCUGCUCGAACUCGGAUGAGUCGAGCAUGA